AUGUACGCCGUGUUUGUUCGCGAAGGUCGCGUCGGACUUGAGGGCUUCGCCAGGACCGAAACGGAGUCGAGCAAUCUCAGAAUUGUCACAUCCAGGUUUCGCAAGAUCUUCCAGGACCUGACGUCUACGACGUGGAACAAAAGAUACGAAAUACAUCUGGCCCGGAAAAAAGCGAGGUUUUCGUUCAUCGAGCUAGAUUACCAAAAGACCUUGGCACGCGAUAUGGAGCUCCCCGAGUAUCGCGCGAUUGACACCAAGAUCAACGAGGAAGUCAGGGAUCUGAUGGAGCACAUGCUCUUCGGUGGUCCGGUCGGGAGUCACACCGCCAUCAAAGAGAGCCCAAGCACGCCGGCAUCACGGCUGUCCUUUACAGCCCCUCUCGAGCAGAUCAGUUCGUGGACCGUCUUCUCGGCAUUCAAGACUCUAGAUCGCAUCUGUAAACACAUCGAGUCCGGCAAGGCCAUCAACUGGAUGACCAUCCUGAGACUGUCGUCGCAUUACCGCAGCCAGAUUCCCUUUUGCUCCGCCGAGGACCGACCCCCUGUAAUAUCGAGCUACCACGCUCUCUUUCUCGAGUUCAAGUUCCUGUACUGUCUUUGGCCGCGGGAGGAGAUCGCCAAGAUGGCGAAUUUAAUGCACAGUCGGGGAUCGCUACAGCUGGAAGCACACAAGGCGCUGGCCCAACCGCUGUACCAGGCCUACAGCUCGCUGAGGCACGGGUUCCGGCGGCUGACGGACGCAUCGACGCCCGAAUUCCGGCAGCUCAGGGCUUACCUGGAAAACUCGUGUCACCAAAUCCACUGCCUGAGCGUCGAGCUGGAGGAGAUCUACCGGCUCUUCGUCAAGGCGAGGGUGCCGUGUCCGUACCGCGAGUGGAUCGAGACCAAAGAAAAGCGCAGAGACCCAUGCGGUGAGAUGCGGAUGCUGCUGUGGCACGGCACGCCGCUGGACUCGCUGCUGGGCAUCCUGGACCUGGGCUUGCAGAUCCGCCGCCGCGGCGCCAGCUGGACGGGCACCAUGUUCGGCAACGCCAUCUACCUGGCCGACGCGGUCAGCAAGUCAGCCGGCUUCUGCAAGUACGACGCCUGGGAUGGGCGCGCCGUCUUGCUCCUGUGCGAGGCCGACGUCGGCGCCAACCGCAUCCGCUCCCCGACCAGCAUCUUCGACGGCCACGAGGUCAUCCAGCGGUCCCGCGGCCGCCACCGCUGCAUCGAGGGACUCGGCCGCACCGGCCCGGCUAACUGGAAGCAGAUUGACUGGGGGUUGGAGCCUGGCGUGGGCAACGGAGUGCCCUGGAUGCCCGACACCACGAUUCCCUACACAAACACCAACAAUGGGGGCAUCCUCGGGUUCAACGAGUACGCCCUUUACGAUCCUUCGCACGUCCUUCUGCGGUACCUCUUUCGCGUCAAGAUCCGGCGAAAAUUGCGCUAG